GCAAUAGUUGGCGCUUGCGUAAUUUCGUUGUUUAGUAGGAACAAGUAGAAUAAGGAAAUUGUUGUAUUUAUUCUUCGAAAAUAAAAAAACACAAACUGUAAUAAAAAAAAACGUGUACUAAAAUGGCAGAUCAGCAACAAUUCUUCUUAAAAUGGAAUGACUUUCAAAGUAACAUGGUCACAUCCUUCAGGCAUCUGCGAGAUGAGAAAAGCUUCACUGAUGUUACUUUAGCCUGCGAGGGUCAAACAUGCAAAGCUCACAAGAUGGUCUUAUCUGCAUGCAGUCCUUACUUCAAAACAUUAUUGGAGGAAAACCCUUCAAAGCAUCCAAUCAUCAUAUUGAAGGAUGUGGCGUACAGUCAUCUGCAAGCAAUUUUAGAGUUCAUGUAUGCAGGUGAAGUUAAUGUGAGCCAGGAACAAUUACCCGCCUUCCUGAAAACUGCAGACCGACUCAAAGUGAAAGGCUUGGCUGAGGCUCCGCAGGCCAUCAAAAGGGAAUAAUAAUUGACUUCUAACCAAGCAAUUCUGGUAUAUAAAAAAUAUAUAUAUAAUUUUUGGCAUUCAGUAUUUUAAAUGAUCUUUACAAAAAAAAAACAUAUUUUAUUUGGUUAAUAUAACAAUGUUUGGUUUAAAUUAUCAAAUAGUACUUUGUGUAUAAAUGGGGGACCUUUUAUUAAGUCUAUUGUAAUUACUACUUAAGGCAGUUACUUUUUAUUUUCAAUUCUUUUUAAUUAAUUUGUGAAUAGAUGUUUUUGUUUCAUGACUCUUUAGUUGCAAUCUCUUUAAAUAGGCUGAAGAAUCUUAUAAAAAGAAAAAAAUAUUAAUAUAAAAUAUUUAAAAACUGAAUUUUAUUUUUGAUAAAUGUGUUUCACCACAAAUAACAAGAUGAUGACAAUGAGCAAGUCUGUUGCAGUUCCAGUUUAGUACUUUGCAUUUCAUGUUUCAGGUAGCCGUCAUAUGACACAUACAAAUUGUAAUAGAUGAAAAUAUUUAAUACCAUAAUUACCAAGUUGUUACCACUGUGAGACAGUAAAUAUUACUCUUUCCUUUUUUUUUUUAAAUUUGAAUUUCAAAUAUUCAACACGAUUGUUUGAUAUAAUUUGUUCUUUUCUUUUUC